AUGCAGGUCCUCAAGAAGCUGACAGAGGCAGAGAAGAAAGAAGCUUCAGUUGCCCUGGCCCUUGUGCUGGGGGACGAGGGGCCCCCAGGGGGCCCCCCGGAGCAGCCAGAAGCAGCUCUGCAGCAGUCUUUGGGGGCCCCCCAUCGGCCUUUGCGGGUUUACUUGAAGGGCAGGGGCUCUGCACAGGCUCUGCUGUUCCGCGGGGGCCUGCAGACGCCACCAGCUGAUGUUCAGCAGGAGAACGCCGGUAAGCCGCAGCAGCAGCAGCGCAGCAGCAGCAGCGCAGCAGCAGCAGCGCAGCAGCAGCAGCGGGAGGUGUCUGGACAGUUAGGGGCCCCGGCCGUGUGGGGAGUUGACGCAGCAAAGCUCCGGGUGUAUGUACACUGCGCAGCAACUUUAGGGGCCCUGCGAAUGGUAGAGAUCAACACAGAAGUCGAGGGCCCCGCGUGGGUCUGUCUUGGGAAUGGCCUCUUCAGCGGUGCCCCAGAAAGUGUGGAAAGCAUCAGCUUUCCUUGCGGGGGAGCCAGCGAGCAGCUGCAGAUGCUGCACAAACUGAUUCCUACCGACGCAGCAGCAGCACCGAGAGCAGCAGCCUCAGCUGCUGCUGCAGCAGGCAAAAUAACCCUUGCCAUGAGGCUCUAA